UCACGUGAGAUCACGCCGCUGAAACAAAUCGCGGCGGUAUCGUUCCAGUUGCGAUCGGUGUAGAUUACACUGGCGCGCUUUAUAUGGGAAAAAUCGCGCUCGCUUCCCACAGUGCGUGCCUCAUUACGUAUGAAUCUGAUUAACCAUCGCGUUGAAUCCGUACGAGCGGAUAACGGACUCGAAAGGGAAAAUCCCGACGAGGGGCUGCCCGUACCACUUUUCGAGCGUGUCGACGAGAAUAUGAAUUGCGCCGCGUGAAUCGAGGAAUGCAAAGACGUUACUCUACUCGUCUGUGUGCACAAGUUUUUGUGCACCUUUGAUUCCUACCGUUUCGAAAGAAUCUCGACAAAAGAAUGGAGUUUUUUUCCAUUCAAUGUCUAUCUCCGAUCGUUUUCUUUUCGACGUAUAAACUAAAAAGAAAAUCGGACUAAGAGCUAAAGUCCUACGUAACGCGCAUAAAAUAAAUAGACAAAUAAAUUUUGAUAUUAUUUUGGUAUUAAAUGAAUCAUUUUGUAUAAAAUCGUGAGAUAAUUCAGUUAUCUCAAGACAAUGAGAGAUUUAAAGAGAUUUAAAAUACGAAUAGACCUUGAAUUAUAUAGGAUUAAAUAUGAAGUACACGUAAGCGUUGCAAGUAACAACCUUGCAGCGCUCCGUGCAAAUGUUUAGGAAUGUAAAACGCUCAUGGAUAUGUACACGACCAGCGCAUGAUUCAAGCAUUCGGAAAAAUUUCUGCCGAGCGUCGUGUAUCGUAGAGGGAAAACCGGAUUCUAGAAGAUCGUUACCGAUCGGUCUGGAGUAAUCGGUUGCGUAAAUCGUCAGUGUGUUGACAGUGAUCGGCGUGGGCGCACGAUUAUAAUAAUCCAAUAAUUAUCCCCGACUUAUUCCGCUCGAUUUUCGUUAAUCGUCACUUGCGACGACGUACGAAAGAGACAUAAAAAUACGAUGGGCACCCGGCGAUAAUAAGAAAAUGACGAUGACGAUAGGACGGAAUUAAUAAUCGCGACAUUCCGCUCGCGCGAGCGAAUGCACGAGCGAGAGCGCGUGAAAUGCAAGGAGCGAUGAAAGUCGCGUCGACGACCGGGCACGCUCGAUUUGCCAAGGAGCAACGUCAUUCACAAGAGAGCAAGAAAGAAAAUCUUUCGUCAACUCCCUCGGGCAAAAAAAGGCCUAUCGCCAACUUCGGCCUCCGAUCCAAUCUUGAGGACAUUUCCUGUGGAAUGCGCGACCCAGGUAGAUCUAGGUACCUGCCGCCUGCGGCAGGUAGCUGCUUCAACCUUAGCAGUCGGACGGAAGAUAAGACGACACGAGGGCGUGCUGCGCUAGGUGGUAUGCAGGCUGGUAUAACACUUGGUUGGACGUCGCCGAUUCUACCGUACCUCACGUCAUCAGAAUCCUUCCUUCCGGAACUCGUCGAAGGUCAGAUCUCCUGGAUAACGUCCUUGCUGGCAUUGGGUGCAAUUGCGGGUGCUGUGCCGGCCGGCAAGAUCGCCGAUCAAAUCGGUCGGAAGUGGGCCAUCCUCUUGACAGCUAUACCGUUCGCCACGUGCUGGGUCGCUUUACUCACGACCGGGAACAUUAUCAGUAUGUACGCUGCUCGAUUCAUUGGCGGAAUCGGUGCCGGGGCGGCCUGCGUUCUCGUACCGGUCUAUGCCGGUGAGAUCGCCCAAGCAUCGAUCCGCGGUGCUCUGGGUGCCUUCUUUCCCCUGCUCUUCUCCUCGGGAAUCUUGUUUUCGUAUGUGGCGGGUGCAUAUUGCUCCUAUGUGAUCUUCAAUGCCGCCUGUUGUGCCAUUCUGGUACCCUUCGUCUUGGGCGUGCUCUUUAUGCCAGAAUCGCCGAUGUGGCUGGUUCAAAAGGAUCGUAAGGCUCAAGCCGCCAAGGUGCUAACGAUCUUGCGAGGGCCGCAUUACGAUGUCGCAGGUGAGAUAGCCGUUCUCCAGGAUGACGUCGAUAGGAUGACGAACGCGUCAGGCGGAUUCAAAGAUCUCGUUGGGACCAAAGCGGGACGUAAAGCUGCAAUUACCUGCGUGGGACUCAUGUGCUUCCAGCAACUAUGUGGCGUGGAUGCGGUUCUAUUUUACACAGUCAACAUCUUUCAGGCGGCGAACAGCACGAUCGAUCCUUUCCUAGCGACCAUUAUCAUCGGACUCACCGAAGUCGUGAUGACAAUAUUUGUGGCUACCGUAAUCGACAGAUUUGGCCGAAAGCCGCUCCUGGUAAUAUCCGGAACGAUGAUGACCAUUUGUCUGAGCGUCCUGGGUUACUAUUUCAGAUUGAAAGACGGAGGAAGUGACGUGAGCACCUUUGGGUGGUUGCCACUGACCAGCCUCGCUCUCUUUAACAUUGUCUUCUCGAUCGGUUACGGGUCCGUGCCGUUCACGGUAAUAAGCGAGAUAUUUCCGCCGGAAACCAAGGGUGUUGCCAGCAGUAUGUCCAUCGUAGUGCACUGGAGCCUAGUGUUCGUCGUCACUAAACUGUUUCCGACCAUGGAAGACAGGAUGGGACAGGCCGCGACCUUCUGGACAUUCUCAUGCUUCACCGCCGCGUCCGCGAUUUUCGCAUACUUUGUAGUGCCAGAAACAAAGGGCAAAACGUUGCAGGAGAUACAGACUAAGCUUAAACGAAGACAAAAGUCGAAAACGAAGUAUCAGGUUGAACCAGUCUGAAAAUUCUGGCAUUCUGCGUUCACCUUGUCGCACUUUUGCAACGCCGAGAUUAGGAAUGAUGGUCGGUGGAGGUCGAAACGCUAAAGUCCUAAGAAGGCCGAAGAAGAGGGGGACAUAUCUUACAUUCUUUUUUAUAAAGACAUAUUUAUGAUAAGAAAAUACUGGAUGAGUUUGUGGAGUUUCCUUUUCUUUUUUACAUGUAAUUAUCGUAUAAAGAAUGAUUGCCGAGUAUUGUAAAUAUUUAUAUGUAUAUAUCUGUGCAAUAAUUUCAUAUGUGAAUAUAUAUUUGAAUAUAUA